CCACAAAAUACACUGCACAGAAGACCAGAUGCAAGUAGAAAUCCAAAUACCUGACACGGGCAGCGUCAUUUCAAACAAAGAUGAUUCAAAUUCUAAAACACAAAUAUAUCUCGAGGGUCUCAAAGAUUAUCCCAAUGAACGUUGUCAGCCUCAAAUAAAUGAACUCCAAGCUACAUUCCGGCUUUCUUUGACAGAUUUUUACGAAUGUGGGGUCACGCGGAUGGUGAAUCAAUUGACGGGCAAGAAGGUGUACUAUCAUAAGAUUAUCAUUGAAUCUCCUGAGGGUAAGGAGAUAGUCAGCGUUAAGUGUAUUACAACCGAACCCUUCUAUAAUGCACUCAUGAUGAAUGUCACCAAACGCGAGCACCAUGGCAUUGUAAGGCGCGAUGUUCUACCGGCUGGGUUUCAAGAGCCAGAAGACUUGGAGAUUACCACUUCUUUGACAGAACGUGCACCGGAACCACGCCUAUCGAUAGGUGUCAAUCAAAAUGGAAAAAAGGUCACUGGUGACCUCACAGUUACUCCUGGUACACCAUUGACAAUGGAAAUAAAUUUGGAUCGUGACUCUGCUCCCGUCUACGGGCUAGGAGUGAAUUAUCUUGAAGUAACUGACACUCGCCAGCUCUCUGAAACCAUAGUUUUCAAAGGGUGCACAGUGGACCCGUAUCUCUUCGAAAAUUUCAACACUAUUGAUGGCGACACACUGACAGCGAAAUUCAAAGCGUUUAAAUUCCCCGAUUCCUCUUACGUACAAUUCCGUGCAACGGUCAAUGUCUGUCUAGACAAAUGUCUCGGAACUCAAUGCUCAAAUGGACAAGUCGGUUAUGGACGCAGAAGACGGGAUACCACUGAGCUAUUAGCUCAGGGUUUGAUGGAUACCAAUAAAGUGUACGAGAUAUCUUUGGCCAUGUUCAUAAAAAUCAACGACAUUGAAGGCGUCAAUCGUAAUGAAGUACUACAAUUGGAGGAGAAAUUGCGUGAGCUGAAAUUGGCUAAUCAGCGUCUGGCGCGCAACAGUCGCGUUCAUUUCGGCGAGUCCUUAAAGGCUUUUGAUCAGCCAUUAAUGUCCGAGCCAGCGUUCGUGGUUGACGAGAGGGAACUUAGUCAAGCCCAAAUAAGCGCAAGCAGCGCUACCUCAAGCAGGUCACUGGGAUGGCUACUUUUGCUACUGGGACUUUACACAAUUGUUCGGAAAUUUAUGUAAAUAGAACUUCGACCUACAACCCAAAAACUUGUCCACGGAAGUUGCAAUGGCUUUUAAAAAUUUCACCUACUCAAGAAAAGUAUAAAAUGGGAGGAUGUAAUAUGCCCGAGUGAAUUACCUAGUAUAAAGUAGCCACAGGGAAAUGAGAAAUAAUAUUCAGGUUGCAUUGGAAAAGAGUGUAUGUAAUACAUAUGUGUCAAUUUUUAGUAAAUGGUACAUAUCAUUAUACGUAUGCGUGUAGUUGCAUUAAAUCUUAGUAAGAACGUUUGCAAAUAGUACUUAUUAACUGCCAUCAAAACUGUGGAAUAUUAAAAAAACUAAAAGAUUAUAAACAUUUUAAAUUAAAAUAAAACAAAAUAUACAUGCAUACAUACUAAUAAUUAGAGCUCGAAUUUUUAUGCUAAAAAAUAAGCCUAAAAUAUGUACCCUCUACCUAAACAUACUUAAGCAGUACUUACUUAUAUACCAGCAUAAACAUUUUGCUUAAUGUUAUGAUACUACGUAUGUACAUAUUUUCCGGCCUUUUUUAACUUAAAACUCCGAGCUUUACUAAAUAAUCUUGAUAGAGAAAAAUGAGAACGUACAUACAUCUAAGAAAUCAGUAUGGCAGCUGAAAAUUAUGACUAACUUUUGUACCAAUUUAAAUACGUAGUAUGUUAAAAGCUUAGGGUCCAGGUUUAAUAAAAUAUACGUAGUAUUUUUCUUGAAGAAUUUUCAGCAGAUUUUACUGACGAUAAAUUUUGUUUCUAACGAUUAAGUCACUACUAGUCUACUAAGAUAAAAAGUUUUGUUUAAGCUAAUUCAAAAAUAAUUUUAAUAAUAAGCAAAGGAAAAAUAACUAAUAAAUAUCGAUUCUAUAUAUAUUACUAA